AGAGUAAAACCAUUACUUCUCAUUGGUUCUGACAUGCCACACCUCUUAAUGCCAAUACAGCCUGUAUGCCGAGGUCCAGACGGAGGUCCAAUAGCCAUCAGAACACAGCUGGGAUGGUCUCUUCAAGGUCCCAUGAGCCCCAAGCAGCCCUCACGGCGUUAUCAGCAGUGCCUUCAUAUCACCACCGCUCCACCACAUGAUGAUCUGAUUCGGCAUGUUGAACGACUUUGGUUGGUCGACACCCUCCCAUACAAUGAGAGAAUGGUCACCAGGUCCAAACAAGACAAAGACGCUCUCGCCAUGCUCCAGAAUGACACCACUAGAGUGAACAUAGAUGGCGUUCAGCGUUAUGCCACACCUUUGCUCCGACGCCUGCCCAUGACCAUACUCCAUGCCGACAAGGAUGCUGUUCUUCCCAGUCUUCGAAGUACAGAGCGCAGACUGGCACGAGAUCCUGAACUAGCCAAAUCUUACUGCACUGAAAUCCAUAAAUUGGAAUCUGCUGGAUAUGUAGCCAAGAUAACCUCAGAAGAAGCGCACAAUACUUCAGAGUCUUGGUACAUUCCACACCACAUCGUACAUCACAAUGGUAAGGACAGGAUCGUCUUUAACUGUUCCUUUCAACAUCAAGGGCAGUCCUUGAACAGUCAGCUACUUCCUGGUCCGAAGUUGGGACCAUCAUUGUUAGGUGUGCUCCUGAGGUUCCGACAACACAGUGUGGCUGUGAGUGGAGACAUAAAGGGUAUGUUCCACCAGGUUCGCUUGCUACCCAAAGACAAACCAGUGUUGCGGUUCAUUUGGAGGAACAUGUGCAGAGACCAGGAACCUGAUAUAUAUGAAUGGCAGGUGCUUCCGUUCGGAACUACAUGCAGCCCAUGCUGUGCCAUCUACGCCCUCCAGCGCAAUGCCCAAGAACACCAGGAUGACAAGGUCAGUCUGGUUAACAUAGUUGAGAAUUCCUUCUAUGUUGAUAACUGCCUGCACAGCACUUCGAACUCUGAUGAAGCUAAGAAGGUAGUCGAUGGACUUCGUCAACAGUUGUCUGAGGAAGGAUUUGAUAUAAGACAAUGGGCCUGCAAUGUACCCUCUGUCAUUGAACAUCUUCCCACAGAAGCCCGGUCUGCUAACACUGACCUGUGGUUGACCAAAGCCAGUACCGACCUACAAGAACCCACUCUAGGUUUACGGUGGGAUUGUCUUAGUGACACCCUGGGCUAUAAUUUGCGCUCAACUGAGCCCCUAGAGCCUACUAUGAGAAACGUGUACAAAACCUUGGCCAGCCAGUAUGACCCACUGGGGUAUAUCAUCCCAUUUACCACCCGGGCCAAGGUUCUCAUCCAAGACCUCUGGAAGCGGAAUUUGGGCUGGGACGAUCCGAUAACACCUCUACAGUUAAGAGAGAAGUGGCUAUCAUGGAUAAGAGAGAUUCCUAACCUCCUACAGCUGCAAUUUCCUCGGCCUUAUGCACCAGCCUGUGCUGAUUACCCUAGUGCCAUCCGGGAACUCCACAUCUUUUGCGAUGCGUCAGAAAGAGCAUACGGCUCAGUGGCCUAUUUGCGCACUACUGAUGAUCAAGGCCACGUCCAUAUCACUUUCAUUUUGGCCAGAUCCAGAGUGGCUCCCAGAAAAUGUCUCUCCAUGCCUCGUUUGGAACUGAGUGCAGCCCUGACCGGCGCUCAGUUAGCCAAAGUGAUCCAGACUGAGUUGUAUCUUAACAUCCAUACAGUCAUCCUCUGGUCUGACUCAACAACCGUGCUGAACUGGCUGACAUCUGAGUCCUGUCGCUACAAGGUAUUUGUGGGGACACGUGUAGCAGAAAUCCAGACCCUCACAGACAAAGCUGAAUGGCGGUACAUUGAUUCAGCUCACAACCCUGCUGACCACAUCACAAGAGGUCUGACACUGACCCAGCUAGCAAGUCCCCACCAGUGGAGUUCAGGACCAGACUUCCUCCUUCAACCUUCUGAACAGUGGCCAUCUACACCCGUAAUUAAGGUAGAACCAGAGGUCAGUGAGUUGAGGAAAACUGCAUUCAUCGGCACUGUCACAGUCUCCAGUCAUUCACUUCUGGACCCCAAUCAAUUCCACACAUGGCUAGAGCUUGUUCAGGCCACUGUCAGGUCCCUUCACGGGGCGGCUGCCACAGACAGUGACUCUUCCCCGCAAGCUGACGAUUACGUAGAAGCAGAGAAACUUAUCCUGGCUCAAGCUCAACAGGACUCAUUCCCACUAGAAAUCCAAGCUCUGAAGACUGGACAGCCGAUUCCAGCUAACAGCCGUUUGGCAUCCCUUGCACCAGAGUAUGAUAAGGACACAGGUCUCAUCAGAGUAGGGGGGCGAUUACGUCGAGCAACUAACCUUGACUUAGAUGCCAUUCACCCGAUUGUGUUGGAUCCUAGCCAUUCUACAACUAAGCUGUUAAUCAAAGAGACAGACUGUAGACUUCUUCAUCCUGGUUCUGAAAGGGUGCUAGCAGAAUUACGUCGUCAGUUUUGGAUACUUCGGGGCAGAGAAGCCAUCCGUAAGCAUCAGCGCAAAUGUCAAGAUUGUCAGUUCUGGCGAGCUAAGCCUGAAGUCCCCCAAAUGGCCGAUCUUCCAUCCUGCAGGCUGCAACUUCACCAACCGCCAUUCUAUUCUACUGGGGUAGAUUGUUUUGGCCCCUUUUCAAUCAAAGUUGGUCGUCGCCAUGAAAAAAGAUGGGGCAUCCUCUAUAAAUGUAUGACCACCCGAUGUGUGCACCUUGACCUGUUGGAACACCUUGACACUGAUGCAUUCCUGCUCUCUCUGCGUCGGUUUAUAGCACGACGAGGUAAGCCCAUGGAAUUGCUCUGCGACAAUGGUACCAACUUCGUAGGAGGAGAUCGAGAACUACGUGAGACCUUCAAUGUCAUAGCCCCCAAGCUUCAAGAGCUGCUUGCUCCACAGACGAUCAGAUUCCACUACAUUCCACCUAAUGCUCCUCAUUUCGGAGGAACUUGGGAGCGUGAAGUCAAGUCUGUAAAGACUGCACUACGUGUCAUUCUACGAGAGCAAACGGUGCCAGAGCCAGUGCUGCAGACCUUGUUAGUGGAAGUCGAGGGCAUACUAAAUGCCAAGCCUCUUGGCUACGUGUCUUCUGAUGUCGCAGACGUGGACCCAGUCACUCCGAACCUACUCCUUAUGGGCCGUCGCGAUGCCUCCCUACCUCAAGUCUUAUUUGACUCUACCAACCUGCUCGGAAGACGCAGAUGGAGACACAGCCAGGUGUUGGCGGAUCAUUUCUGGACUGCCUUCAUCCGAGAUUACCUCCCAAGUUUGCAGAAUCGGCAUAAGUGGAGAAAGGAUGGCCGAGAGCUGACUAUGGGCCAAGUGGUUCUCAUUGUUGACCCCCAACUUCCUCGUGCCCUCUGGCCUGUAGGCACAGUGACUGAGACGUUGGCUGGACCUGAUGGAAAAAUUCGCACUGCUCGGGUCAGAGUUCAUGAGAAAUCCUACACUCGCCCAGUUGUUAGGUUGAUUCCACUUCCUCACUUUGAGGAAGAGCCUAAGACACUGUAGACAGACUUUCUUGAUGUUUACAAUUAUCCAGUCAGAUAAUUGGGGGCGGCUGUGUACGAAAGCCUGUCCUAGGGACCAGAGUUGUUAUCAACACGGACUGAUCUACUGUGUGACACACAAAGGACGGUUUGGUGAACGCUCAUUUCUGCACAAUUGCUUUGUUCUGUAUAAUGCGUUUAUGCCUUGAUACCAUUAAUACAGAUGUCAGUGCCAAAGAAUGACUAGUGCCGAUGACAACCCAAAGACUGUUAAAUAAAAGCAUCUUUGUGAAGAA